GUCAAGUACAGGCAAAAGUGCACGUGGCGCGUGCAGGAUUAGUCACGGCCAUGGAUUUUUGCAGGCAGUACGCGUCACCGCAGGUCGAUACAUCUCGAAGUCGCACGAAUACGAUACCGCUCGAUGCCGACACUUUGUUCCCGUUGCUGUCGGCCGCCAGCUGUAUCCGGAUCGACGCUCGUGAUACCGGGAGACAGAAAGAGAAAAUCGUUCGUGCAUUGACGAUCCGUCAGGGUCCCGAGUGAAGUGUCUACGGCGAGUCAGCAUCGAGAUAAUCCCUGACACGGGCCGGCAGUUCUAGAUAAGUCAUUAUCUCGUAGAUAGAUAUUCCCACGAGGAGAUCUACGCCGCGGAGCACGCCGAAAUGACCAAGUCGGAGAAUAUCUUUUUGUUCGUGCCGAAUAUCAUCGGUUUCGGCAGAGUGAUUCUGGCAUUGAUUUCCUUCUACUUUAUGUCUACCAACUACGUCAUUGCAUCAUGGUGUUACGUGGUUAGCUCGUUGCUGGAUGCUAUAGACGGCCAUGCGGCCAGGUAUUACAAUCAGAGCACCAAGUUUGGUGCGAUCUUGGAUCAGCUGACGGAUAGAAUCGGCACGAUGUGUCUCAUGGCUACAUUGUGCCAAUUCUAUCGACCCUACACCUUCUGGUUUCAAUUGAGCAUGGCUAUCGACAUAUCGUGCCACUGGAUAUAUUUGCACACGACUCUUCUGCAAGGAAAAACCAGUCAUAAGUUUGUCGAUAUGUCUGAGAAUCCGAUCAUGAGACUGUAUUACACAAACCGUAUGGUACUAUUCUUCAUGUGCGCUGGCAACGAAGCAUUCUACGCUGGUCUGUACCUAUUGCAUUUUACCCCAGGACCAAUUUUUGCGGGUAUGAGUCUGUACAGAUUAAUCGUGCACUUGACCUUCCCGAUAGCAUUUGUCAAAGCUGCUAUCUCUCUAUUACACGGAUACGUGGCGUGCAUCAAUCUCAGCAUCAUUGACGUGAAAGAACGCCAAGAGCGGCUUAAAGUGAAUUAAAAAUCUCUCGCUCUCUCGACGCAUUGUUUGCUAGUCAAGUUGAAUGUGAUCUACAAUCUUCCUAUUCUAUAAAUUGAUACACGCAUGUUUACAUACUUCCAUAUAUAUUUUUAAGAAGCAGAAAGAACGUGUUUAAAAAUGCGUGGUCAAAAGAUGUCUUUCUUUAACUUAUAGACCUAUCUUGUAAGUUCGAACGACAAUGAUUUUUAUCGCUAUAUAUUAUCCCAGAUAUAAUGUAUAGUAAAAAAGUUUAAUGAUAACACUCGUCAGAAGUUUAACGACAACACUCGUCAAAAGUUACAGAAUAGGCCUAUUAGUUGAUGCGCAGGAAAUAUUAUUCUUUAAAAAUAACCUGAAGAUAAAUGGCCAAACUCUCUCAUGUUAGAAUAUAUGUGAAAUGUAUACUUUUAUGAAAGAGGAGAGGAAUUUAUUUUUCAAGCACUAAUAGUGACAAAGACCAAAAUAUUUCGUUACCAACAUAGCAUAGUUCGUAAGCUGCGUUCAGCAGAAAAACAAUUUUGCAACUGCUGUAAAAUUCUUUAAUAUGAUUGGUCUUUCCUUUGGUUUCUCAUUGAAUCUAAAUGUAUAAAUCGAUCAUAUUAAAGAAUUUUACAAUACUUGCAAAACUGGUUUUUCUGCUAAACGCAGUCAUAGUCUAGGUCCAUAACCUUGCUUUAAGAGGCCGUAAGCUAUAAAGCCUUAAGAAAUUGACCAAUCACAGUUGAAUAUGA